UUGAGUCGUGAAACUCGCGGAGACGUUCUCGGUCGCGCGCGCCCUCGUGCCUAAAACUUACUCUCACGGUGUAACGUGACGGUUCGUAACGAAAAUUUCCACACCGAGAACGACUGCGAGUAUAAAUAAAUAAACGGUAAGCAUAUAAAAUCGCGUGCGCUUUAAAUUUGCGAUAACGCGCGGUGACGAACGAUCCUUUCGAAAUCUAAAGAGCCGCGUGUACGAGUGCGCGAGUGAGUGCCUGCUGUGAGUGCUUCAGUGUCAGUGGCGACAAUUCAUUUUUAUACUUACUAUAAUAAAUCGUUCGCGUGUUUUAUACGAAAUGCGUUGAGAGGAGAUCAAGCAACGACGUAGCAACAAAUUUGAAACAUGGGAUAACUCCCUCCCGUCUUCGCUCAAAGGGUGAAACAGAAAUAUCGUCGAAGGCAUGCCCGAGGAUGCGCUUAGACACGGCGCCAACGUCGGCGGACACGAGGAUUCUCUUUUUUCGUGAUUAAUCUUCUCUCCCUCGAUCCUUUCUUUCACUCUCACUUUCUUCUUUCCUAUCUUCAUCUCCUUAUUCUGUCCCCCAAUCGCUGUCCCUCUUCACUUUCUAUCUCUCCCUCUCUUUGCCUCGACCAGACUGGAGGGCUCGAGAUUACGAUUUCUCGUCGUGGAUGACGCCCGACGAGACUGGCAAAUCGACUGCUGAUAGGAAAUGGCGUGGUUACGAGGCUGAUUGAGAGGUAAAAGAGCGGAGCCCGGGCGCGCGGCGAUUGCUCGUUGAAGCUCAUCCGAGAUGAUGAACUCGAAUGGAAAUGCCGGCUCCGAGGACGUUGGAAACAACGGGGAAUACGGCAGCAGCGAAGAAACUGCAGCGUUGCUUACUCGUGGAGCACCGCCCCCGGUUGUGGUCGGAAGUACGACAAGCGUGCCCCAGGGGAAGCCCGUUUUAACGCGGCAAGAUCGUGCAACCUUUCUCGUAGCCUCGCCCCAGCUGUCGGUCUCGGGACUCGGCGGAUCCGAGGAAAGCGCGACCAAUGAAGACACCUCGACCAGAUCGGUACCCGACAUCGAGUUACAUUGUCGACUCGAUGGAAACGAACCGCAACAAGCUUUGGUCCAACAACACUCGCACGUCUCACCCGUUAAUCCUACUGCCUCGACGAUUUACGGAGCUCAGCGCAUGAGACAACUAUCAACGGCGGGUGCCCAUCCGUACAAUCGUUGUCGUUGCGACCGGAGAGAAUCUCUCGCACCUUCAUCAGCACUUCACUUGGCUCGCAGUAUAUCAAGGGAAAGCGUUAAGAGCGGAGGCCACCACUGCUGUCCGUGUCAAGCACCAGCACCGCCACCCGUACUCGUGACAACUUCGCCAAGCACGCGGAUCAUACGUCAGAGUUCUCAACCCGAGGCCUCGGCUUGCUGUUGUUCAGGAUGCUGCUGUCCCCUUCACUCGGGUGCAGCACCCAGUGCAGCCUCCCUGAGGCAACUCCGCGAACCGGGCGAUGGAAUAGCCGGCAUUGCUGCGGAUUCGUUACGAAUCAAUGGCGGCAUUCGGCAAUUUCGACAGUUUCCGUGGUGGUGCAAAUCUUCGCCGACUACGACGGCGACUACGCCGCCUCCGCCGAUCGCAAGUUCCGGGUCAGCUUCAGGCUCCGGCUCGGCUUCCGGUGCUCAGGGUGUCGUUCUUUGUCCACGCACGCUGUCGCAGGUUCGACGCUCGAGAUUGCGACGCGCUCUCACCGAGGCAACCGCCGAGACCGUCACCUACGUAAAGACGCUGCGGAAGCCAGUCUCGACUCUCUCGAUUCCCGGUGCGAUGAAGAGCAGCAGCGGGGGUGGAGCGGGAAUGCCCGGUGGUGUCGGUGGUGGAUGUGGGAGCAACGUCGGGGCUGUUAUCGGUGGGGGUGGUGGCGACGAAGCCGGUAUUGCCCUGGUCGGGGUACACUCGGAAUAUCCGAGGUACAUGGACGAGAGAGGUCUCGGUGGUGGUCCGAUGAAGGGUCCGUCCGGUAGCAUAGGACCCGCAUCGAAACACAAGCCAAACGUUGGCUAUCGACUAGGACGCCGAAAGGCACUUUUCGAGAAGCGAAAACGCAUUAGCGACUACGCCCUCGUCAUGGGAAUGUUCGGGAUCAUCGUCAUGGUAAUCGAGAACGAGCUCUCCAGCGCUGGAGUUUAUACGAAGGCCUCGUUUUACUCGACUGCACUGAAAACCCUGAUCUCCGUGUCGACUGUGAUACUGCUUGGCCUCAUAUUUGCUUAUCAUGCCUUAGAAGUUCAGUUAUUCAUGAUCGAUAACUGUGCGGAUGACUGGCGAAUAGCAAUGACCUGGCAACGAAUAUCUCAAAUAUCCGUGGAACUGGCAAUUUGCGCACUUCACCCAAUACCCGGAGAAUAUUAUUUCCUAUGGACGACCAAAUUGGCGAACAAGGGUGGCGACAUGGGGUCUCAAUGGGUUCCGUACGACGUAACCCUCUCGCUUCCUAUGUUUUUCAGGCUGUAUCUUAUCUGUCGUGUGAUGCUGUUGCACUCAAAGUUAUUCACGGACGCAUCGUCUCGGAGUAUAGGGGCCUUGAAUCGUAUUAAUUUCAACACGAGAUUCGUUCUCAAAACACUGAUGACCAUCUGUCCGGGUACCGUUUUGCUCGUUUUUAUGGUCUCACUUUGGAUCAUUGCCUCGUGGACACUGCGACAGUGCGAGAGGUUUCACGACGAGGAACAUGCCAAUCUUCUAAACGCGAUGUGGCUCGUAGCGAUCACGUUUCUUAGUGUCGGGUUUGGCGACAUAGUGCCGAACACUUAUUGCGGUCGAGGGAUCGCCGUGUCAACAGGAAUGAUGGGUGCAGGCUGUACAGCUUUACUCGUGGCGGUCGUUUCCAGAAAGUUGGAGCUGACCCGAGCGGAAAAACACGUUCAUAAUUUUAUGAUGGACACGCAGUUGACUAAAAGGUUAAAAAAUGCAGCUGCAAACGUUCUGAGGGAAACGUGGUUGAUCUACAAGCACACGAGGCUGGUAAAGCGGGUGAAUUCCGGCCGCGUGAGGACCCAUCAGCGCAAAUUCCUGCUCGCCAUUUACGCCCUCAGGAAAGUUAAAAUGGACCAACGAAAGUUGAUGGACAACGCGAACACGAUAACGGACAUGGCGAAGACUCAAAACACGAUGUACGAGAUCGUGUCGGACAUGUCGACGCGGCAGGAUACACUGGAGGAGCGUUUGGUCAGUUUGGACGACAAGUUGACGUCGUUGCAGGAGCAAUUGGACAUGCUGCCGGAAGCGUUAACAAGAUGCAUGGCUCAGCACGCGGAGCGUCUGGAGCAAAGACGAAAUUUCUUGCACCCUGAUACGGCGGUGGCGUUAGGAACGCCAGCCCCGAGUGGCUUGGGUGGUUUGGGGGCCGGGGGAGGAGGAGGCGGGGGGAUCGGUGGUGUCGGUGGAAUAUCGAGUGGUCUUGGAGCGAUUAAUGUUGGUAAUAGCCUAGGAAUUGGAAUUUCAGGAAGCAGUUUAGUAUCGGCUCAUCAUCCAAUAGCGAGCCUAUCCAAUUCGCCAUUACUGCCUCAUUCGCGGAGCGUACCAAACGCGCCGAGCACAAUGUCGCUUCAUCCGUGGCCGGCGAGCCCGGUGUUGCCACCGGUAUCGAGUAGAACGCCGCACCUGGUGCCGGAGACGGGUAAGCAGCAGACGCAGCCGCAGCAGCAGCAGCAGCAGCAGCAGCAACGGCAGCAGGAACAGCCACAGCAGCAACACCAUGGAAUUUUGCAGCACGCAACGACGGUCCCGACGACGACGCAAUCCGCGACAAGAUUAACGUCCCAGGCGGGAAUGGGAGGCCUCGGCAACAGUCAGGGUUCGGACACCUCGGCGCACAGCUGAGUCGCGUCUCUGCAGCCGCAGCACUCGUAUUGAAACCGGAACAUCGAGGUACAACCAGCUGACAAUUACAAGAGAGAUACGAGCAACAAGGACUUGAAAGAGAGGCGGGAAAGAGUGGGCCGUCGAUGAAGUUGACGCGCGCAACUCGUUAGCGCCAUCGCGACAAACCUCUUCGUCGUACUCCCUCAUUUCCGAUCCCACUUACCUUGCCGUUGCUUCUUUCCUCCUGGCUAUUUUCAAUCCGCCAACCUUAACCUCCGGGACCAUCCCCGUUGGCGGAUCAACCGUGCCGCUCCCCCUCCGCCGCGAGCUCUUUUUUCUCAUGGGUAAUGGGAACAAAAGCCCGACGUAAUACGAGCGAGGGUGGCUUCUCCGUAGCCGGAAUAACAACAGCAACAAUAGCAACGUCGCCGAACAACUCCUCGUUCCGCUGAUUUUCCCUCGGGGAAAGAGCGUUUCAUCGCGUUCGUUAUCGCGCGCCGCGCGUUGUCACGAGAACCAAGACUUCCGUUAUCGAGAUCCCAAGCUCGUGCCCGAUCUAUCAAAAUUCUACUAUAUUUUCUCCCCUCACGAGGCUCCUCCUGGCAGCCGCAUUUUUUCUUUUCUACUCCGAUGCGCCCGAGUUACUCGAGUUCAAGGACGCACCCGGAGCAGGGUAUUUGACCUCGGUUCACGCGAAUAAACCAUCCUCCAAAAAGUAUCUACGUUCGCUAACGAAUACCCGAGGAUCCGAUUACUCGCGUGACGAUUAUUCAAGUUAACUUGAACAAUCAUUUCAGUUGUUUAUUUAUUUCUAGGAGCAAUUCAAAUACGAGAAAUCACAACAAAAUCGCUCUCUCGUUUCAAACCCACCGAAGAGUUACUGCUCGCGGUUGCAAACGAAGAAUUCUCAUGCGCGUGUAAAUAAAUAUCGGUAGACGAAUGAGAAUUAAGGAGAAACGAGGGAAUGGAAUAUUAUAUUUGUAUUGUACGAGCGCGGCCUGAUCUCGGCCUGGAUAUUAAGUCUUUGCAAAAUCUGCACGCGGAAACCGCGUUUAACGAAUUCGAGAUAAAAACAUUAAGAAGAUUAAGAUUUUAGAAACUCGCUGCGGACUGCUCUUGCCCAAAUUGCGUGCCUCAAAACCAUUUUUUCUUAUAUUAAUAUAAAAAUACUGUAUUUGAAGUCCCUUCUCUACUCAUAUGCAUAUAAAUAAAUAUGUCAAUUCACACAGUUAUAUCGUGUGAAUUUACAUAAAUAUAUUAUAUCCGUAUAGAAGAAAAAUCUCACAAACAAUAACUUUUUCUCUGCGUUCCGCGUUUACGAGCGCCCGAGAAACUGAAAGAAACAAUAGUGCGCCAAAAGCAGGCGUGAUGAAACAUUUACGGGGGGGAAAAAAAAAAAAAAAAAAAAACAAUCGUAAGCGUUCAUUACGACGAAACUUCUCCAAAUGAGCAUUCGAGAUUUCGACGACACACAAAUAUCGAUGAAAAAUUAUACCGAAGAGAAGAAAUUUGAAGAAUAAUUGAAAAAAAAAAAAAAAAAAAUAUGAAAAUAUGAAAAAAAAAAAAAUUAUUUUCUCGAUAUAAAGAAACUUUUCUACGAAUUAUUGAAAACACACACACACACACGCGCGAUGAGCGACGUAAUCAUCUCUACUACGAUUCUCGAUAACAACAAUACACGUAAGCAACAAAUCUAUCAACUUGUUCGUCUUCAUAUCGAAGUCAAACUCAAACGAGUCUCGAGUGAUGAAAGAAAAAAGUUAACAAUAAAUAACAAAAAAAAGGAAUAAAAAAAAAA